AUAUUAGAUGCAGUCACGAUCUACUUUCCUUUUGGGUUGCACAUGACACACAUAUAAAAGUUGACAAAAUCACUAUUGAAAGACAAUACUCAAAAGAACUAUCUUCUCUUAGCAACUACGUCCAUAUUUGGAAGUUUGCUGCAGCACAGACUACGGGAUAAAAAGAGAUGUCAGGACAAGGAUCACAUGACACCCUGAAUAUUGUUCUCCUGGGUAAAACUGGAGCAGGAAAGAGUGCUUCAGGAAACACCAUCCUGGGAAAAAAGUCAUUUGAAGAAAAUGUUAGUUUUAGGUCUGUUACUCGUAUAUGUGAAAAGGAUGAGAAAGACGUAGCCAGUAGACCAAUCACAGUGGUUGACGUCCCAGGGUUGUUUGAUACAAAAAAGACAGAAGAUGAGCUGAAAGCAGAUAUCGAGAAGUGUGUUACGUUGUCUCUUCCUGGGCCUCAUGCUUUUCUGUUGGUGAUCAGACUGGAUGUGAGAUUCACAGAAGAGGAGAACAACGCAGUCAAGUGGAUCCAGGACAACUUUGGUGAGAGUGCAUCAAAGUUCACCAUAGUGCUGUUCACUCAUCUUGAUCAGUUGAAAGGAAUGGCAUUGGAAGAUGCUGUAAAGGAUCCUGAGAUACAAGAAAUCAUCAACAAAUGUGGCGGUAGAUAUCAUGCUUUCAAUAAUGACCAAAAACAUGACCAGACUCAAGUGAACCAGCUGCUGGAAAAGAUUGACACCAUGGUGAAGAAGAAUGGAGGAGAAUACUACACAAAUAAGAUGUACAAGGAGGCUCAAAGAAAGCUAGAAAAAGAGGAAAGGAAAAGGAGAGAGAGGAAAAAUGCAGCAAUUAGGGGAGUACUUGGGAUAACCGUUGGGGGAAUAGUUGGGGGAGUAGUUGAGGCAGUAGUUAUUGGAGCAACUGGUGGGGCGGUGGGAGGACCUAUAGGAAUAGCAGUAGGAGCAGUUGCGGGAGUACUAGGGGGAGCAAUUGCGGUAGGAAUUAGGGCUCUCCGGCGUAAAGAGUGACAACAAAUGACAGGAACGCACUUCUUAAUCAAGAUCAAUGUUAAUCAAAAUUAAUGUUAUUAUUGAAUUUGAGUCUUGAGUUACAAUAGUGCGUAGAUCAAUAUGAAAGAAUGAAAAUGGGAAACAUGUCCAUAAUGUGGAUCUUGGAAAUAUUCAGAUGUAAACUAUUGUCUAAAAAGUUAUCUUUACAAGGAUGUCCGUCUAAUAAUUACCCUUGUGUGCCUUCCAUGUUCUGUAUUGUUAGCUGUUGUCAACACAAGAGGGCAACAUGACAUUUUUGAAUACAGAGAGAGAGAGAGAGAGAGAGAGAGUAUAAUAAGAUCUAUAAGACUAGGUAUAUCAUAGGUGUUAGUAUAGCACUACUGCUGAAGCUAUUACUGUCCUUUUAAUAUCAUUUACAAUUGAUAUUAUUGUUGUUUUCUCAUUAUUUCAUUUUAUUUCCUUAAUGUAAAGUUGAUUGCUAACAUGUAUGUGUAGUUUUGGCAACAAUGACUUUACACAUUCAUGCCAAUAAAGCAAUAUUUGAUUUGAUUUGAUUUGAUUCGAGAAAUGACUGUCCCCCCCAGCACACGACGUCAUUUCAACGUUGAUAUUUGGGCUAAAUCCCGUCGGUCCGUCAUGGCCCUGAUUUCAACCAAAAUUAGACGUAGAAUAAUGGUCUUGUUUUGGCCGGCCCAUUUUGGUCUAAGGAAAGACGUCUUUAGCACGUCCUUUUUCAGACCACAUAUCAACUAAUUAAAUCCUGAUGUAAAUUAUCAGUUAUAGUCUACCUAGGACUACAUUAUCGUUCCUGUCGACCAUCUUUCCCCCCCGGGGAUUGCCCAAAUCCGCCGCGAACUCUACGGGCGCCCGGCGCCGCCAUCUUGGCUGCCGUUAACUGCGUGUGUGACUUUUGUUUGUUUACUCAUGGCAACAGUUGAUAUGGACGGACAACUCUGUUUUUAGCCUUCUCCCCUCUGAAGAAAAAAAUCAGAGGAAAAAUUCAGAUGGAAAAAAAUCAGUCAUUGAAAUAAUGAGUAAUUAAAAUUCUGAUAAAAAAAAAAAAUCACAUAAAUGUUCACGUAAAGGAGACAGGAGUGAACUCUGCGCAUGUACAAGAGGAACGGAGGCGGGAAGCCGUAGCCGAGCCCAUUUCGAACUUUGUUUGAAACACACAGUCAGUUGAAGCCG